CAACAAUUCACACCCCAUAUGCACUCGCAUCAAUUCCCCUUACAGUUGACGUGAGCUCUUCUCUUUACUGUCUACUUGAUUGAUGCAGACGGAAUCUAUCCAAAUCUAGGACUUGUUGCACAGAAGCACGUUGCAGUUUGCCCGGUAGACUUGUCUUUAAACACUCAAGGCCAGGCGGAAGUCGCGGAUGGCCUGUUUUAAGGAGCCAGCCACGGAGAGCACAGAUUUUUUGGUGAAUGAUUGGACUACUACGCCUACCUUGCGCUGCUUAUAACAACACGACGGCAAAUCGUGUCUAUGUUCCUACCAAACCUCCUCAAGUGACCAACUCCACAGCUUUUGAAUUGAAAGUUCGACCCGCCGGGUCUGAAAGUGUUUGGGAAACGGUUCCGUUGUACGGGGUUCAAACAGCCGAAAUCAAUGCCACGUCGGGGAGCAACAUGAGACAUGCAUCCAAUAUUGCCUACUUCGACUUCGAUGGGUCUGUGGAAAUCACCAUAACACCAAGUACUUCUGCGUUUUCAACCAUCGAUGCCGUCAGAAUACGCCCUCUGUCCUACGGCAUUGAGGCAACCGUCUCAGAAGGGAUCAUUACCUUCCGGCUUUCACAGCCGCAAAACAACGUCGUGGUCGAAGUCAACGGAGACAUAUUCAAUGUUAUCCAUAUCUGGACAAACACUCUUGAGAAGGAUCCCAUCACGGAGGCCCAGACCACCAACGACAGCAGCAUAAUAUACUUCGGACCUGGGUACCACUCCCUCAAUGAAGGCAAGGGAAACAUCACCCUCCAGUCAGGUCAAACGCUCUACUUCGCCGCCGGCGCCGUGAUAAACGCAGGGAUCAACAUUCAAAACGUCAGCGACGUCACCAUCCGCGGCCGGGGAUUCCUUUACAAGCCCCCCAACCAAUCAAUAUUGAUUGAGUAUUCUCAAAACGUCGUUGUAGAUGGUAUUUCCGUGCUCAAUCCCACAUUCAACACCAUCCUCACUGCCGUGUCGACCAAUGUCCACAUUUCCAACAUCCGCACCAUUAGCGCGGGAACCUGGGGCGAUGGCCUUGAUGUCUUCUGCUCCCAAAACGUGCUCAUCGAGCGCGUCUUCCUGCGCACCUCAGACGACAGCAUCGCCCUGUACCAGCACCGUUGGGGAUACUACGGUAACUCAUCCAAUAUCACCGUGCGGGAUGCCUCGCUGUGGGCUGAUGUGGCGCACCCGAUCAACAUCGGCACACAUGGCAACGCAGACGAAGGAGAGACAGCUGAGGGUUUCGUGUUUGACAAUAUCGAUAUCCUCGACCACCGCGAGCCGCAGGUGGAUUAUCAGGGGUGCAUUGCGUUCACGGUGGGAGAUGAGAACCUGUACCACGAUAUGCUGUUUAGAAAUAUCCGGGUGGAAGAUUUCCGGUGGGGCAUGCUGCUGAGUUUGCGGGUGGUGUAUAACACGAAGUACAACCUUGCGCCGGGUAGGGGUCUGAGGAACGUGACGUUUAGGAACCUCUCGUAUAACGGAGGGGACAUUGAGGGACACACGAAAAGCACGCCUAUUAUUGCAGGAUACUCGCCGGAGAGGUUGGUGGAGUUCGUGGAUUUCCAGAACUUGACUAUCAAUGGGUUGCAUAUCUGGGAUGAUAUGAGGAAACCGACUUGGUAUCAAACUUCAGACUUUGUGCCCAUGGUUGUCACGUCACUGGCUCAGAAUAUCACAUUUUCGUCUUGA